UCAUUUCCACCAAGCUUUUCUUCUCUCUACCAACUCUUCACUUUCAAUAGCAGACGGAGGUUAAAGAGACGGCGCUGCUUAGCUGUCCGCCUUGAUCAAGCCGCAGCUUCGUCUUGGCCCUCUAAUUUUGUUGUAGAAUACUCUUUUUUACUGUUUAGAUUCAAAUUGUCAAAAAAGAAACUAUUCAAAUGGCCGCAAAACCAUCCAAGGCUGAUAAGAAGAUUGCUUAUGAUGCUAAGCUCUGCCAAUUACUGGACGAGUAUAGCCAGAUCUUGAUCGCGCAGGCUGAUAAUGUUGGGUCGAACCAGUUGCAGAACAUCAGGAGGGGUCUUAGAGGUGAUUCUGUGGUGCUCAUGGGUAAGAACACUAUGAUGAAAAGGUCUAUUAGAGUUCAUGCUGAGAAGACAGGGAAUACAGCCAUCCUUAACCUUCUCCCUCUCCUUCAGGGCAAUGUGGGGCUGAUUUUCACCAAGGGUGAUCUCAAGGAAGUGAGCGAAGAGGUUGCUAAAUACAAGGUUGGAGCUCCUGCUCGCGUUGGUUUGGUUGCCCCAAUUGAUGUCGUUGUCCCUCCUGGCAACACAGGGCUCGACCCUUCCCAGACCUCUUUCUUCCAGGUGCUCAAUAUUCCCACCAAGAUUAACAAGGGUACUGUCGAAAUUAUCACUCCUGUUGAGCUGAUCAAGAAGGGUGAGAAGGUUGGAUCUUCUGAAGCUGCUCUUCUUGCAAAGCUUGGCAUCAGGCCAUUCUCUUAUGGUCUUGUUGUCCUGUCUGUUUACGACAAUGGCUCCGUCUUCAGCCCAGAGGUGCUGGAUCUGACUGAGGAUGACCUUGUUGAGAAGUUUGCUACUGGUGUCUCCAUGGUCACAUCGUUGGCUUUGGCUGUCUCAUACCCAACUCUGGCUGCUGCACCAUAUAUGUUCAUCAAUGCCUACAAGAAUGUCCUGGCCGUUUCAGUUGCAACUGAUUAUACCUUCCCACAGGCAGAGAAAGUGAAGGAGUACUUGGAGGAUCCAAGCAAGUUUGCUGUCGCUGCUGCUCCAGUUGCAGCUGCAACUGCUGGUGCUGCCCCUGCUGCUGCCGCCAAGGAAGAGGAAAAGAAGGAAGAGCCAGCUGAGGAGUCUGAUGAUGACAUGGGUUUUAGCCUAUUUGACUAAGUUUCAUAUAGGUUUCUACCAUAGGACUCGUAUAUGUGGAUUUGUCUUUCAGUUAUAGUUUUGUUGACUCAAUAUUCUGGAGAAAUUUUUGUGGAGUUAUCUGUCGAGUUUCACAUACAUUUUUAGGAUGUUACUUGUUUCUUGAUAAUUGUUAGUUUUCGUUGGAUUGAACCCUUUACUCUCUUGUUUAUCAUGUGUAUUAUUUUUAUUUGUUUGUUAUAUCCUUUUUACUUCAGAUUAAUGUGGGAAAAAUGGCUUAAUUGCAAAA